CUUGUCUCCUCCAGAGACGUCCCACCCCACCGGCGUCCGGAGAGGCUGCAGGUGGGGCCCGGGCCUCCGCGCAUAUAAACCCCAUCCGCCUCGACCAAACACCAUCGCUCACACUCCCACUCGCCAUUUCCCAGCUCAGGCAGAGCUUGCUCUCCAUCUUCCCGAGAGCGGCCACCACACACACCACCAGCAGGAGCAAGAAAGCGAACGAAGGAAGGAAGGAAGCAGAGCGUCGCAGCAGCGGGCCGGGAGAUCAGAGGCCUCACCCCAUGGCGGGAGCCGUGCCCCUGGCCGCGCCGCCGGCGCUCGCGGCGGCGGGGAGCCCGUACGAGGCGCUACGGGUGGGGCGCGCCGCCACGCUGGUGGAGAUCAAGGCCGCGUACCGCGCCAUGGCCAAGCGCCUCCACCCGGACGCCGCCUGCGCGUCCGGGGCGGCGGCGGCGUUCCUGGAAAUCCGCCGCGCCUACGAGACGCUGUCGGACCCGGACGCCCGGGCGCGCUACGACCGCUCGCUCGGCACGACCGACCACCGGCCAGGACAGGGCGUCGGCGGCGUGCGGGUGCGGCGGUGGGAGACGGACCAGUGCUGGUAGCAACCGUGACCGUGCCAUGGCAAAGACGCCCCAUCAACCCUCGGAACCUCUCUGCAGGGUCCAGGGGGAGAGCGCUUUGCGUGUUUUUUUUUAGAAAAAAUAUAUACUAUACAUGUACAAUGGUAGUGCAGGGUCCAGUUGUCAGUCACUCAUCAGCAGGGCCCGCCUGUUGGCGACACAGCUUUUGUAAAUAUUCGUCAAUAUAGUAGUUCCAGGUUACUAAUUAGAAUGUGAGGGUACCACUCAGCUCUCAUGCGCACAGACUCCGGUUCUAUCUUUCCACAUAUUGAUUAAUAUGAAUAAACAUCAAAGAAAUGGUGCUCAAGUUUAAUA